CGCAGCACCAAUUCACCCAAUCCCGACCACGAUGACCCCGACAAGCUCGCCAUUACACCGCUCUCGCCCGAUGCUGGACAACUCACACCUUUGGUCUUGGAGCACGAACAGACACCUUUCGAGCAUGCAAAUGUCUCGACGCCUUCUGUGGGUGACCACAAUGGUAUAGAAGAGCAGGAAAUAGUGGAUAUCAAAACGUCUCGCGCCGGCAACAUAUUCACAACUAUCACUACCUCUUCGCUUAGUGUGUGGCAGACCAAACCCACCGCUCUGCUCGCUACCGUGAUUAGGUCGACCCAUUCGCUCGAGACAUAUGGCCCAAACACAUCUGUUCUGCUGCGUCCUGAUGCCCUAAUAGUCAUUGUGCAGACCCAGAAAGGCUUUCUCAUAACAUACUCCCUGGCUGUUGACCCGGCUGCCCGAGUAUACCAGACCUCCAUCUUCACUCCUUCUGGAUCUCAUGUUCGACGGCCAAGCAAUGAGGCUUACAGUAAGCGACCCAGUCUAGUCCCCGAAGGAGGGCCUGCAGAAGGCGAAGGCAUCAAGGAAGUCAGUGUGCGCUUUCGCAUGGUGAUUCGAAUAGACGCUGGUAUCUCACAAGCCCUCGUGCUCGAUGACGAGCUUGUUGUAACCACUGUCAAACCUGCAGCUGUUCAAUGCAUACGUUGGACACCGGACAGCUCAGGCUCUUCUCACAGCACUGAACUCCUCAAGCGAAUGAAUUGGCUUAUUGGAAAACCCUCGGUCAUAAACAUGUCUUAUGAUAGACCUAUGAACCUUCAUACUUGGGUGACAGAUGAUGGAAGAGCGUAUGCAGUACAGCGAUUAUCUGGGAGCAGUAUCGAUCCUACGAAACCCAAAAGUCUUUUCAAAGGCUUCUGCUUCCAUGCCCCAGAUCAGCCAGGCCUCUUUGCGACAAAGUCUGCAAUUAAUGCUCGCUUUUCCCUGAUAGCUGUCGGUUGUUCCAACGGCACAAUUCAGGUUUACUCAGCAAAGGACUAUCUGGGCAACAUACCACGGUCACACGAACUGAAGUUGCCCGUAUCAGAAGCAUCUUCUGGUAACCUGACCCUUCUGAGCUGGUCUCCGGAUGGCUACUGUCUCUUUGCCGGGUAUGACCAGGGAUGGGCAAUGUGGAGUGUAUAUGGUAAGUUAGGUGCCAAUACCUUCAAUGCUGAUCGAUCCAUGUCGGAGGCCAACAACGAGGAAUGGCUGUGCGGCGUGCGCGCUGGUUUCUGGAUCGGUGGUGGCGCAGAAAUCAUGCUUCUUGGUCCCAGCGGAUACGAGUUGCAUGUUGUAGAGAUGAUGAGAAGCAGUGUGACAAGCUGCUUCGCAAUGCCCAACAUCUCCAGAUCUUUGUUACAAGGAAGUACUAGCUUGAUGCUAUACAAAGGAUUCGAGACUUCAGACCACACAACCAUAUCUGGCGACAUCUCCUUGUGGCAGACUGUGCAAGUCCCACAGACCUAUCUCGCAUACCAAUGGCCGCUGCGGCUCAGUGUUGUCUCUGCUGAUGCAAGAUAUCUUGCCGUGGCCGGGAGACGAGGUCUGGCACACUACAGCGUAGGCAGUGGACGGUGGAAGACGUUUGAGGACCCAAUUGCUGAGAACAACUUUACUGUACGAGGUGGCAUGUGCUGGUGGCAACAUAUUCUUGUGGCUGCUGUGGAGUCUGGAAAUAGUUAUGAGACCCUAGCCAAUUCUCAAGUACUGCACUCUGAGAUACUGCCAUACCCAGUGGUCUGUGUGGCCACAUCUGGAGAAGAUUCUCUAUUGGUGUAUACCUACGAGAAUGUCCUACUCCAUUACAUCUUCGUCUCGUCAUCUAAGACAGUCAAACUGGCACAAGUCGGUCAGAUUGCCUUCCAUGGCAUCAUCAGAGCUCCACCACGUGUUCGUGCUAUCAGCUGGAUCCUUCCCGAGGAGCAACGUGACAACGGCGAUCCUUCACAUGAUGUUGCCACAGCUUCCGUGUUGUUCCUGGUUGAUGCCAAGUUGGUAUUGCUGCAACCCUCAGCGAACGAACACGGUGAAUUGAAGUACGACAUGCGCGUCAUUGCUCAAAACGUGGAGUUCUACACANNCUCGAGGGAACAGCCUCCUUCUACUUCACCACAGGGCCUUCUCCGAGAUAGUUCUGACAACAGUUAUCUCCCUGCUGGUACUCUGGGUCACAGCUUGCGCGACUCUUUGUGGUACUUUGAUGGCACAUCAAUGCACGCAUGGCCUGAUGUCCUUGAUGUGCUUUCCUCUGCUCUUACAGAGCAUGGACGUGAGGUGGCUCCUACUGUCGCUAUCACUACCGACUUCUAUCCACUGUCCGCAAUCGUGGAGAAAGGACUGCUCACUGGUCUCGAGUCAGAUCUGGUUCAACGUCGUGACAUCAACUUUGCGUUCUACCGUCUCAAUCCGCGGACUCACCUGUCGAUACCAUCUCUGCUACGACAUCAUCUAGCCCAGUACGAUUCACCCGCUGCGCUUCAUCUCUCCCAUUCUUACCAGAAACUACCUUACUUUAAUCAUGCCUUAGAAGUGCUCUUGCAUGAUGUCCUGGAUGACGAGGUUGACGCUCCUCCUGAAUCAUCGGAGGCAGCACUUCUCCCUGGCGUCUUGUCGUUCCUCUCUUCAUUUCCAACAUAUCUCGAUAUUGUUGCUGGGUGCACGCGUAAGACAGAGUUGCGAAGCUGGAAAACUUUGUUUCGAUACCUGCCUCCUGUUGGCGAAUUGUUUGAAGAGUCCCUCCGGAAAGAUAUGCUCAAGACGGCAGGUAGUUACUUGUUGAUUUUGCAUGCUUUUGAUGAAGGCAGCUUCAGUGCGCGUCAGACGUCUACUCUCUUCAAGAGAGCUAGGAACGAGGGCGAUUGGGACCUUUGCAAAGAACUCGCUCGUUUCCUGGUAGGAAUUGACGAGACAGGAAACCUGCUUAAAACCGUGCUCUUUCGGGCUGGGCUGAGGAAGACCGGGCCUAACGAUAGCUACGACUCCUCAGACGAGGCUGACGGCAAGCCAUCUCAUGAAGCUACUGCCUCUAACGGCGCGUCAAUCCAGACGCCUGAUAGGUCUGAGGGCGACAGUAGUGACGGUAGCAUCAUCAUUGCUGGCCGUGAUUCUGGUUCAUCUGCGCAGGACUAUUUCGCCGAUUCGGUAAGAUACUCG